AUGAGCGAGUUUAGGACGGCGUGCCAAAUUCUUGUUUGGCUCGGACAGACACCUCAACUUUUGCACCGACAUGGAGGUUCUUACUGCCGCUCAUUCAUCUAUCUGUCUAAUGGAGCCCGACCUAAUGUGGCCACCAGCCCUGCCCCACUGCUGCUCCCAAGCCAGGGCAGCAAGGUCACUAUUCUCUCCCAGCUUUCUCGCCGGAUCGAAGGGCGCCACCGGACCUCUGGCCAGUAG